CUCUUUUAUUCAUAACAGUAUACAUAUUUUUGGAAAAUGAACAGGUGACAUAAAGUGAGUUGAAAGGUUAGCCUUACUUCUUAUGAAAUCAAAGCCUUUGAGAUUUCUUUAAAAUUUAUUUAGAGUGCAAAACCAAAAACAUGAAUUUCAGUGAUAUGAAAUCAAACAUUGUGAAUCGAUGCAUUUGAUAUAUCAUGAUGAAUUUCGAUAAUCAUAGGCAGACAGACCUGUGACCAAGUUGGUGGUUGAAGCCCCUUGACUAAGGGUUUAAAGUUUAUAUAUGGCACCAUCUUCCCAGUCAACAUACUGUCAGGGUUCCACACAGAAAGAAUAUGAAUAUGCAUGCACCAUGAAUAUGCUGUAAAAUCAUGUCUGCUGGAUAAUGAUUAGAAUCAAAUUUUGAAUACAGAUACAAAACUUGUGAAAAAAAACACAAUGUAGUCCACUUUGUUACUGGAUGAAGAAUCAGAUGACAUCUAACUGUUGCUGAAACUUCUGAUCAUGUGUGGAACCGCUCUGUCUGAGGAAUAAAGCAAACGAUAAGGCAAUAGGCUAAGAAAAAAAGCAAAAGGCUCCACUGGUCCUCUGAGAAAGAUGACUAACAUAACAAAGGAGGACCUGCUGGCUUUGUGAACUUCCUGUGGGGAAGUAUUGAAACCAAAUCAGGUUAGGCCACAUCUGCUCUGUCCAUACGGCAUGGAUCACUUUCAGAGCAGUUCAAAGGCCAGCCUUUUAGACCUACUCACAGAGGAAGGAGAGGGGCAGCUGGGAACACAUACAGAGGACAGACACAUUGCAAACACACAUUCUGGUUUACCAGCAUAGUUUUGGUAAACUUUUAUAGACAAUUUAGAGAAACAUCCUCAAUCUGGUGGCUUUUUUGUUAUGUGAUUAUAAUUAUUAGCGUAUGCUACACGUCUCAUCAGGCUGGGAGAACCCGGACGGUAGGCAAUGCAGCCGCACCCUAACCCUCCUACAGAAGUAGGCCUCCUUUUCAUGACACAGCUACGGAACUAACAUUAUCAACACACAAGGAGGGGGGGUGGGGGACCAUAAAAUGACUGCACCACAAUUUACAGUUAACCAGCUCCACUAGUGGUGUGUGUCAUAAUGACUACAAGAAAAACCACUAGCCUGGCCAGACCUUGAGGAAUUUCCAAUAUCCUUUGAUUGUGCCUUUUCUGUUGCAAGUUGAUAAACUUAAGUACCGGACUGAGUAAAAAGCAAAGAACGUGAUGGGACGUUUGCAUCUCCCAGCAAUUUAGUCUUGCACUUUCAUAAAGUUGGGAGACUUGGGAGACUUGCAAGAGACUACAAAAAGAAUGGUCAAGAUCAGUGGAUCAGAGGCCCAGAUAUCAGGAUCUAAAUGAUACAACUUGAUAGUACUGUAGAACCUUUAAAAUAUCUGGUAAAGGCCAAUGUCUUAAAUCCUUGUAGCAAGCUUUCUGUUUAAAGAUUGAAGACUGAAUUGAUAUAACUACUGUGACUAACUGUGACCAGUUUUUAAAACUAUUGACAAUGAAUUGUUGGCUGUAGCCUUGCAGAUCUCCUGUGAUGGAGUACCAUCUUGCCUGAGGUUUUCUGUGUGCUAAUUACUUGACACACAUAAAAAUUGAAGCAAUUUGAUAAAACACAACAAACUGAAGCAAUUUGAUAAAACACAACAAACGACAACAAAAAGUUCACGUCUUAAAACUAGAUUUUGACACACCGCCCCUCUACAAGACCAUCUUCACAAAAUGGAGGACCCAUAGUAGCCUAUUUUAUAUAGUACUUAAGUGAUGCAAAUUACUAACAAAUUACUGAUUAAUCAAAUUAUGUAAACAAAAAUAAUAUAGAGAGAGGCUGGGGCCUCUGCGGUUAAUUGUCCAAAGGCUGUAGCAAAGUAAACCUAUGCCAAACAGAUGACUGAAUGACUGAUUAGUGACUACAGAGGACAAGCAUGUCCAGCUCCAUAUCUUUAUGUUCUUACUCCCACGCCCUUUCUGUCUCUGACAGCUGAGAGUCCUUUGGACUAAAACGUCGAAAACAACCAUCACGUUGUUACUGAAGAAGCCAGAGCCCGGGGUGGUAGCACAGGCUCCAAAGGAAAAAAAGUCAGUUUUCUUGCCCCCUUUUACCCCUGUGGGAAACUGCGAGACCGCCCCUGGAUUAAGUCCCCGCCUUUAGACUCAAAUAAGAAGGAAACUUCAAAGGCCGUCGGCCGCCGGGGCUCCGCCCUCGCGCUCCCGAACGGCUUCACAAAGGAUUUGCCGACGUUCGGGAAUUCCGCCUCCAGUUCCUUUUAUAGCGCCACUCGUGCGCUGGCAACGCUCCAGGAUCCCGCCCCUCCCGGUUACUUUGACAACACAAAGGACUUCACGGAACUCGCAGGCGCCGCCUACCUUUCCAAAUAAGGGCAGUCUCUCCAUGUACGGCAAACAAUCGGUGCGAGAUUGCCCUUUUCUCUUCCUUAUCCCGUUUAUAUGAUCGGAGAGGAACUGCGCUUCAGGUUGGAAGCGGUGCGAUCAUGGCCGAGCGAGUCCAGCAGCCCCCAGCCAAGCGGCUCUGCUGCCGGCCCGGCUACAACCCGGCAUGCAGGCAGGGGCAGCGGGCUGGAGGAGUCCUGUGUGGCGGCGCGGGGUCCGCUCCGGGAGGGUCGGGGAAUGGAAAAACGCACAACCCCGAGUCGUUGCUCGACAUCGCGGCUCGCAGAGUCGCGGAGAAGUGGCCGUUCCAGAGGGUGGAGGAGCGGUUCGAGAGGAAUCCCGGAGCCCGUCCAGCGUAGGAUCGUAUACUGGUCAUUCCCGAGAAGCGAGAAGGAGAUCUGUAUGUAUUCCUCUUUCAACGCCGGAGGAGAGGAAAGUGGAACUAGCGGGGACAAUAAUGACGAGACCCAGCUGCCUUUCCUACGGGGUGUCACUCUGCUAGAGGGUGGCUGGGUGGACAACGUAUUGCAAGUCGGUUUUCAUCUGAGUGGCACAGUGACAGACCCUGCCACCCCAUCAUCCCCGGAGCUCGUAUGCAGCGUGAGCGUCAGCUUCGACCGCUGUAAGAUCACGGCGGUAACAUGCACCUGCGGAAACAAAGACAUCUUCUACUGCGCCCAUGUAGUGGCGCUGUCACUUUACAGAGUACGGAAGCCCGAGCAGGUCAAACUGCACCUGCCCAUCUCAGAGACCCUGUUCCAGAUGAGCAGAGACCAGCUGCAGAAGUUCGUCCAGUACCUGAUAUCAGUGCACCACACAGAGGUGCUGCCUACCGCGCAGAAACUGGCCGAUGAGAUUCUGUCGCAGAACUCGGAGAUCAACCAGGUCCACGGGGCCCCGGACCCCACAGCAGGAGCUAGUGUGGACGACGAGAACUGCUGGCACCUGGAUGAGGAGCAGGUUCAGGAGCAAGUCAAGCUUUUCCUCUCCCAGGGAGGAUACCAUGGCUCCGGCAAGCAGCUCAACCUGCUCUUCAGCAAGGUGAGGGAGAUGCUGAAGAUGCGUGACUCCAACGGAGCGAGGAUGUUAACACUGAUCACAGAACAGUUCAUGGCCGACCCUCGGCUGGCACUGUGGAGACAGCAGGGCACCACCAUGACCGACAAGUACAGACAGCUCUGGGAUGAGCUGGGUGCCCUGUGGAUGUGCAUCGUACUGAACCCCCACUGUAAACCAGAGCAGAAGUCAUCAUGGCUGCGCCAGCUGCGCAGAUGGAACAGCGUGGACGUCUGCCCCUGGGAGGAUGGUAACCACGGCAACGAGCUGCCCAACCUCACCCACUCACUGCCUCAGGGUGCCCAUGGUAACCAAGAGAUGCGCCCCCACAGGACUGUGUUCACACGGGCCAUUGAGGCCUGUGACCUGCACUGGCAGGACCGCCACCUCCAGCACAUUAUCGCCAGUGACCUCUAUGCCAACUACUGUUACCAUGACAACCAGGAGGGUUCCCUCUUUGACUCACGUGGCUGGCCCUUGUGGCAUGAACAUGUACCGACGGCCUGUGCCAGGGUGGAUGCGCUGCGUUCACACGGUUACCCGAGAGAAGCCCUCCGACUGGCCAUCGCCGUGGUGAACACGUUACGACGGCAACAGCAGAGGCAACUGGAGCACUUCCGCCGGCACAAGAAAGAGUUGCUCCACAAAGGCCAUACCUCCAUAACCAACAUGGAGGGCUGGGUGGGGCACCCCCUGGAUCCUAUCGGUACCCUGUUCAGCACCCUGACAGAGUCGGGACGAGUGGGAGAGGAGGGUUCCAACACCUGCUUAGACCUCUCAGACUGUUCCAGUGUUGUGAGCCGAGCAGACCUCCAGCGAAUGCCUGUGCAGCGAUUGCUGGGAGACGGUGAAUCGUACGUGGCGCUUGCGGUUGAGACGGCUCUGAUUGGCUUAGGUCAGCAGCGGGUGAUGCCCGACGGGCUGUAUGCUCAAGAAAAGGUGUGUCGCAACGAAGAGCAGCUAUUGGCCAAGCUGCAAGAAGUGGAACUGGACGACUCCCUGGUCAAAAUCUUCCGUAAACAGGCCGUGUUUCUGCUAGAGGCUGGUCCGUACUCUGGCCUCGGAGAGAUCGUCCACAGAGAGAGUGUUCCCAUGCACACCUUUGCCCGCUAUCUCUUCACCUCUCUCCUACCUCACGACGCUGAACUGGCGUACAAAAUUGCACUGAGAGCCAUGCGGUUGCCGGUGUUGGAGUCGACGGCAUCGUCCGGUGACCUGUCACGACCCCACCACAUUGUUUCUGUGGUGCCCAACCGCUACCCACGCUGGUUCACCCUGAGCCACAUAGAGUCUCAGCAGUGUGAGCUGGCCUCCACCAUGCUCACUGCUGCCAAAGGUGACAGUCGCAGGCUGGAGACAGUCCUGGAGUCCAUCCAGAAAAACAUUCACUCCUCGUCUCACAUCUUCAAACUGGCACAGGAUGCGUUCAAGAUCGCCACUCUGAUGGACAGCUUGCCUGACAUCACACUUCUCAAAGUCUCCCUGGAGUUGGGACUGCAGGUGAUGAGAAUAACUCUUUCCACAUUAAACUGGAGGAGGAGAGAGAUGGUGCGCUGGUUAGUCACAUGUGCCACUGAAGUGGGUGUGUACGCGCUGGACAGCAUCAUGCAGAGCUGGUUCACCCUCUUUACCCCCACAGAGGCCACCAGUAUUGUGGCCACCACUGUCAUGUCCAACAGCACUAUUGUCCGCCUCCACCUGGACUGCCACCAGCAGGAGAACCUAGCCUCAUCCGCCCGCACCCUCGCCCUGCAGUGCGCCAUGAAGGACCCCCAGAACUGCGCCCUCUCUGCUCUUACACUCUGUGAAAAGGACCACAUUGCCUUCGAGACAGCCUACCAGAUUGUACUGGACGCGGCAGCGACAGGGAUGAGCUACACGCAGCUGUUCACUAUAGCACGCUACAUGGAACACCGCGGUUACCCGAUGAGGGCAUAUAAGCUGGCAACGUUAGCCAUGGCUCACCUGAACCUCAGUUACAACCAGGACACACACCCGGCCAUCAACGACGUGCUGUGGGCUUGCGCCCUCAGCCACUCGCUGGGGAAGAACGAGCUGGCCGCCGUCAUCCCCCUGGUGGUCAAGAGCGUGAAGUGCGCCACCGUACUCUCGGACAUUUUGCGGAGGUGCACGCUGACCACGCCGGGCAUGGUGUCGGCGCUGCACAGCCGCAGGAACUCUGGGAAACUGAUGUCCCUGGACAAGGCGCCGCUCAGGCAGCUGCUGGACGCAACCAUCGGGGCCUACAUCAACACCACACACUCGCGGCUCACACACAUCAGCCCACGCCACUACAGCGAGUUCAUCGAGUUCCUAGGGAAAGCCCGGGAGACUUUCAUGAUGGCUCACGACGGACACAUUCAGUUCACCCAGUUCAUAGACAACCUGAAACAAAUCUACAAGGGCAAAAAGAAACUAAUGAUGCUGGUGAGGGAGAGGUUUGGCUGAGGGUUCGGCUGGGGGUCACCAAAAGCUGCCCUCCCCACUCUAGUACUUUUCUAUUAACUUGAGUCUGCCUUUUGAACUUCUUUUGGACUUAUAAAAUAGACAAGUAAAAAGAGGGAUGUGACUUGUAAAAUGAAGCAAAAAGAGAAAGGAAAAGAUGACAAAAAAAUCAACAGAGCCACACGCGGUAUUAUUGUUCUUGCUGUUGUUAUUGUUAUAAACAUUAUUACUAUUAUUAUUAUUAAUAAUAUUAUUACUACUAUGUGUACAGAAGUGUUUUUAUUUUUCAGAAGAGAGGAAAUUUGUCACGUUGUGAAUGUUGUGUGUAUUUCUCUACAUGUGUGCGAGAGGAAAACGAAAAGUGAAAUGGCUUUUUUUUGUUCCUUUUAUUUUUAUGAUUUAAAACAUCUUUUUUCCCUUUUUCAGUGUGUAUUGAGUUAUAUGUUGUCAAGUGGCUGAAGCCCCUCUACAAUAGCGCUCAUGUAAAAACAGGAAAAAAAAGAAGAAAAAAAAAAACGUCUCGGCAUCCUCAAAGAGAAACUAAGGCUUUAAACCACACAGAGCACCUCCCUCCUGUCCAGGCCCUCACCCGGUGGGCGCUGGGCAGCACUGCACAGCUCGGCACGGCUCGGCUCGGCACAGCUUGGUUUAGCACUGACAGAAAGCCGCCAUCAGCAUUUCUCCAGACAUAGCAGUAGCAGCAGCAGCAGCAGCAGCAGCAGCAGCAGCAGCAGCAGCACUUGAGCAGCCAUUAGUUUUCUCUGGGUCCCAGGCAUUAGCUUCAUUACACACAACAAUGCUCUUAGCUAACUUGUGUUGGUUGUUGUGGUUGUUGUAAUCUCACCCACCUCCAUAAUGAGUACCUGUUUUAGACAGAGGACAUUAUGCAGGCGCUACAGUGAUGGCACAUUAGACAAAGAUAAUGAGUAUUAUUGUUACAUUAAUGUGAUGUAGUACAGCUGUGAUUCCUAACAGCCCGAAUUUGGCUAAAUAACUGAUAAUAGUUGAGUUUUUCUAGGUGAAGUAGAUACCCAGAGGGAGACGACUACCUCAUGACACGGUAUUGAACCUACUCCCAGUUUUUUUUUUGUUUUUUUUUGGUGCGUUUCUUUUUUGGCUAUCGUGGUAUUUAUCAUCGAGGAUAGCUGACAGUGUUAAUUAAACAAGAGAUUCACUAGUGAGACCAAGGUUAUGAGGAGAUUUAGAGUCAGAUUCCUGCUGAGUGUUUCUGCGCUCGGCUCUGCUGUACGUCACUGCCCCUGGCAUCGGUACUUACUCCCCCUCUACUCCAAACACCCCCCACCCCCCACCCCCCACACACACACACACACAAAAAGGAAAGGAAAGAAAAAUUGGCUCUAAGACACUCAGAAGAUGUGUCAGUAUGUCAGUCCCCUCUCAUCUCUACAGCCACCAUUGAACGGUAUUUUCAGACUAGGCCAGUGUCAUUUCCCUCUGUGCAUGUGAAUCAUAGAAAUUAGACUUUCUACUGUUAUAGUUCAUUGUGUGGAACCUUCAGUAAUUGUCAACCAGAACGUUCUCAGGGAUUUCUCUACACAGGAAAAAAAAGGCGGAACAAAUGAACGACUGACUACAGGAAAAAGACAAAAACACGACACAACAUGAGCGAGCAUUUAUUGUACUCUGUAUAUAUGCCAUAGUAUAUGUCUGAAUAUGGAGGAUCUGAAAGUAUAUGUUAACUAAUUUAUACAGAGUAUUCUAUGUAAUGUGAAAUACUUGAAGCCGCUGUAGUUUGCUCUCUCUCGCUCUCCUUCUCUUUCUCUCUUUUGUCUUCUCUCUUAUUUUUUUUUUCCUCUUUUGUUGAAAACAGAACAUAUCAGAAGGACUAGACUGACCUUGUUGACGGCUUUUUGGACUCACAAGGCCACAUGUGUUCAUACUCGAGACGCUGGAUACCGUCAGAAACGCAGGUUGAGUCAAAUUGGUGAUGUCGGAGAGGAGAAAAAAAAACAAACGUUAUUCAUUCCUGCUGACUAAAGCAUAGGAAGGGGAGGGAGGUAGACUACUUCAGGCCAUUGGUCGAUAAAUGUUUGAAAACACAAUACAGGAUUUCUUGAAGUACUUAAUUAUGCAUGUAAACUGUUGUACUAGCCUAGUUUUCCAUGGGAUCCUAUGGGGAAGAGAAACUAUAAUAUCCUUUACCCAGGAGCUAAUUGGAGAUGAAUCUGGUUAAAGAAAACCAUGUAUUAUGUGUCCAGCCUUACGUGCGUUUCAGGACAUCUCUUGGCUGAAGUCUGCCUCACUUUGCAGUAAUAUAACCCUUGUCAGAGUAACGUAAUAGUCGUGCAAAUCAGUAAGAUUCGCAGUGAUAAGUAUGCACAGGUUCAAUCUAUCUGAGAUUUUAAAAAACAAGUCUUCUCAGUUCUCCCUUCCAUUCACCGCAGAAUUUCCAGUGUCUCCUCUGCAAUGUUCAGCUGUCCUGUCAUUAAUUGCCUUUUUACCUUCUUCUUUAUGUCUGAUUUUUUUCUUUUUCUCUGUGCGUCUUUUUCUAUCUUGUGUUGAUUAAAAAUAAAAGCAGCCUUUUCUCUUGCCUUGUCUUAACGCUUUAAAGUAACCAAACAGGAGAUCUAUCUAACAACCAAACGCGUUCUAAGAGGUGAGAGACAACCCACCUUGGUCCCAGCUUUAGUGUCCUUAAUUAGUAAGUGAAUGGCUGUGUAACUCAUGCUUUAACAAAGCAAUUCCUCACGUGUGUUUGGUGAAAAAAUACAUUGUCCAGUGUCUCUUGUUCUCUUCAGAAACAAUUUCCUCUGAGUCUUUCUAGCUGUUUUUAUUUCAUUUUAUUAUUAUUUUUUUGUUUGUGUAGGAAUCUUCUGCUCUCCCAUUUUAUUUAUUACAAUGACCCAUGUAUACAUGCUUAUGAAAUUAAGAUUUGAUACACCGAUAUCAAUUUAUUUAUGUAACUAAAUCACUGUUUUAUAAUCUUGUUAAUGAGUCAAUAAUUGAUUUUUUUUUUUUUGUUUUGUUUUUUGUUUUAAUAAAAGUUAGUUUUUUGAAAUGUA